CAAACACAAAAAUUUUAAAAAUUAUUCCAACUAGUUAUUUUAUAUACUGAUUCAAGUCUAAUAUAAUUUACGUUACCCAACAAAAUUAAAAGUUUCAAAUAUUCCGUAUAUAAAUCAUACCUAUAUUGUUUUGUCAGUGUGGAAUGUGGAUAAGUCAAAAUUGCAACUAUGUUGAGUGUUGACAUUCAAUAUGGCGGUAUGUCGUCAGUGCUAUGCUGUGUCGUGUUCAACUUUAGUAACUAAGUAACUUAACUGUGAAUUAUUAAUAUAGUAAACGAAAGACGUAACAGCAACUACAAAAUUAAAAAUAAUAGAAGGUGAUGUAUAGAACUCUGAUUCAGCGAGCAUUGAAGACAUCUGAGGAUUAUAAUUUUUAGUGUAGUAUACUUCCAAGUUAUUUUGUUUUGCAAUUGUUUUGGUGCAAGUUUGUGGCUUGUUUUGAUGGCUCAGUGUUUGUGAAGACAAAAGACUAAAAAUGUGAUUUGUUUUAUAAAUCUGUAAGCACUUUUUAAAUAAAUUACUCCAUACUAUUUUCUGUGAUAUAUUGGUUCAUAUAACUGAGAUUUGGAUUUAUAUUUUAUACAUAUAUCUACUGAAAUAUAAAAUAUGUCUAGCAAUCCUCAGUGGAAAUUGUUCCAGCCGCCAGAUUCCCACUCUACAUUGCACAAUAAUAUACUAGAUGUUCAGCAUUCUAACAUGCAGUCAAAGCAAGGUUAUCGCAAUGGUACAUUCAGUAGUGAUUAUCCAAGUUCUCCCAGAGAUAAUCAUAAUAGUAUGAGUAAGACGGGUGGGGGAAAUAGAUUCACAUUGGGAAAUUAUAAUGUAGACACUUGUACAAUGGGUGAUUCUGUGGGUGUGUAUUCAUCAGGUUCAACAAAUAAUACAUCACAAUAUGAUUAUAUUAACCACCCACCAAUUAGAGAAACAGGAAUAAUUGAAAAAUUACUUCAUUCAUAUGGAUUUAUCCAAUGUUGUGAGAGACAAGCACGUUUGUUUUUUCACUUCAGUCAGUUUAGUGGUAAUAUUGAUCACUUGAAGAUCGGUGAUCCAGUUGAAUUUGAAAUGACAUAUGACAGAAGAACUGGAAAACCCAUUGCAUCAACAGUAACAAAAAUUGCUCCUGAAGUGGUAUUGAGUGAAGCUCGUGUCACUGGUAUUGUAACCACCGAAGUCAAGGGUGAAGGAUCUGGUGAUAAUACAGGGCGAAUUUCUUAUGAGAACCGUGGUGAAUGUUUCUUCUUGCCUUAUACUAAAGAUGAUGUUGAGGGCAAUGUAAUUUUGCAUUCAGGUGAUGCUGUUAGCUUUCAAAUUGCUACAAACCAAAGAGGCACUCUUGGUGCUUGUCAUGUGCGCUUCGAAAAUCCAGCACACCCUGUUAAAUACCAUGGGGUAGUGUGUUCAAAGAAAGAUAAUUUUGGUUUUAUUGAACGUGCCGAUGUAGUGAAAGAAAUAUUCUUUCACUUCUCUGAAGCCAAGAUGAAGGAAGAGUUAGCAUUAGGGGAUGAUGUAGAGUUUAUAAUACAAACAAGAAAUGGCAAAGAAGUGGCCUGCAAUAUAACAAAGCUGCCUAGUGGGUCUGUAGUUUUUGAGGACAUACAUCCAGAAGUAAUGCGUGGACAAGUCUUAAAACCUUUGGAUCGUGGCAACACAGCACGGGUUACCCAAACUGAUCCACUUCCAGGCAGGAUUAGAUAUCGUGCAGCUGAUCAUUCAGAGGUUGAGGUGCCUUUUGGGGAUAAAGACCAAUGUGGCGAAUUCACUUUACGCCAUGGUGAUUGGGUUAAGUUCCAACUGGCUACUGAUAGAAGGGACCAGUUAAAACGUGCUACUAAUAUAUCACUACUUGAUGAAUCGUUUACUGUAUCUGGAGAAAGGAGAGAACAUGGUGUUGUGUGGUCUUUGAGAGAUGGUUUUGGAUUCAUUUGCUGUGCAGAACGAGAUCAAACUAUUUAUUUCCAAUUCAGUGAAGUUCUCCGUCUUGGACACGAGCUAAAAGUUGAUGAUGAGGUGGAGUUUACAGUGGAUCCAAUAUCUUCAUUCUCAAACUUGAACACUCGUCAAUCAGCUAUUCGCAUCAAACACUUAGAACCAGGGACUGUGCAGUUUGAGACUUUGGUGGAAAAAGGUGUUAGAGGUGUAGUCACUAAAGAGGCCCAAAGCUAUUCGCAUUCAUCCUCUAAUACAAGUCCCACCAGAAUUGCAUCAUUGGAGAAUGGCAUUAUUUCGUGUCAGAUCAAUAACGUGAAGAAAAACGUGCCAUUCUCGUUUAAGAAUUGCGAGUCGAAAAUGUUGCCACGUGUAGGCGACAAGGUCUACUUUGAUCUAUAUCAGUCGAGGCGAACCAAAGAAUUCAUUGCAAUGGCAGUGCAACUUCAUCACAGCAUGAUGAAUGGAAUGUCAAAUGGCAACAUUCGUCCCAUCAUGCAGGGAUUUAUCGCGGCACUCAAGGACGGAUUCGGCUUUAUUGAAACCGCCGACCAUAGUAAAGAAGUUUUCUUCCAUUUCAGCAACCUGGAGGGUAAUCUGGAUUCUCUUGAGCUCGGGAUGGAAGUAGAAUAUUCACUGGGCCGUGUGAACGCGUCGGGCGGUGGUUGUGCGAGUGCCGAGUUCGUUCGUACGCUGCCGCGGGGAUCCAUACCUGUAGCCAAGAGUCUGGAACCAGUCCUCAGUGGCACAGUCACACGUACCUUGCGUGCCCUUAACCCGGACCAGGCGCAAUAUUCUGGUCUGAUUCAGGUGGAAGGCGGGGGCGCAUAUGAGUUUGGAAUAAUGAGCCUCUCAAGUAAGCGAGAAAUUCUUCAAAUUGGCGACCCUGUGAACUUCCAGGCCGAUACAGAGGGAAGGGCUACGAAUAUCGUACCUGUGAGGAAGAAACGGCGUGCAAUCGUGGAUGCUAUCAAAGUUGGAUUUGGUUUCCUCACGGUCGAGGGCGAGGAUAAUCGACGCCUAUUCUUCCACAUGUCCGAAGUGAGAGGCAAUGCAUCUGAGUUACAAGCCGGUGAUGCUGUCGAGUUUGUGAUGCUGACCAAUCCUAGGAAUGGCAAGUCCUCGGCAUGUAACGUUGUAAAAGUCGCGAGCAAGAGUGUUGUAAUAAGACCACGACCGGAGCGACUGAUAGCGCGACUGCGGACCACGUCGCAAGAUGAUGCGGCCGGGCCUCGCGUGAUUGUUAUCCGACCGCCGCGAGGUCCCGACGGAACCCGAGGCUUCCGUACAAGACGCCCUAUUACCAAACAAUUAGCCGAAUAAGUCCACUUCAAAGUCAACAAUGCCUGUAAAUUAAAGCUGUUAUUCCGCUACGUAGAUGACAAGCACAUCCUAAUUUUGUUCCAAAUUUAAAAUUAAUUUCGUUUCAACUGGCACUCCUCUAGGAAUUAAAUUUUGCAUAAUAUUUACUAGGUUGUGUGUAAAUAAAUAUUUUUAUUUAUUUUAAAAUUAAAUAAAUUGCUUCAUUAUUUAUAAUUGAUUUUUUGAUCAAUAAAUGGGCCCUAUAAACAGUGUUCUAAAUAAAAUUUGUUUCGCCCUUUUCUCAACUAGUAAUUUUUAAAUGAUUUAUGUAAUUUGCCGUAGGGGGGAGUUCAUAAAGUUUUUGGUUCUAAUCUGAUUAAAUAAUGAAGUGUUUAUAAAUUAAUUUUGGUUUUUUAAAUAAACUAUAUUUAGAUAUGUAUACUCAGUGUAAUUUAUCCUUGAGUAUAUAUACAUGGUACAUUAUUCUUUCUAUGAGAUUUACUAAAUUGGGAGUGCCAAUUGUUGUCUAGUUUAUGGCCGUCAUUGUAUUCAAUAUAGACUGACUGAUUAUAUUUCGUUAGCAGCAUUUAGAUGUUUUUUUUUGUUAUACUUUACUUAUUUUAGGCUAUAAUUCUGUAUGUACACAAUACGAACAACUACAUGAUAUCAACAAAUCUUAUAUUAGUUGGAAAUCGUCGGACAUAUCAACAUUUUUCGAAUUGCUUGUUAUAUAAUUUUAGAGGUUCUUUUAAGCAUACACGUUGUUCAAAAUUCCGGUAUGCAUCUAUGUAAUACAUCUGAGAGCUGUUUGCAAAGUUCCAUUUAUUAUGAUACCAAUGUCAGGUGACACAUAACAUAUGAAGUGAAUUAAUGUUUUAUAUUACAGAUUCUAUUUAUCAAAAUUAUAUGAAAGAUCUCAUUGAUAUUAACGUUAUCGCAUAACAUAAUAUGCUUGAAGAACUACAUUUUUUUUCAUAUCAUCUGUAAAUAUUAUAUUAUAGUAUUAUAGGUAGUGUUGUAAAGUGUAAAAAGUUAUUUAUUUCCCCCUCAUUUGUUUGGAAUAACAUUGGAAUGAAUUAUAAAAAUAAAGUUAAAUAGCCUUAAUGCGUUUAUUUUUAAAUUGUUUCAUACUCAAAUUAUUGUGUUGUUUAUAUUACAUUUUAUAUCUUUUAUAGAUCUCUUUAUUUGAAUAUUAAACUGUGAUGUUGUGGUGAAUUUCGUGUGCAAUAGUGUUGAAUGUCCACAGGGCACACCUAGUCUUAGUGUUAAAUAACUUCAUUUGAUAUGUGUCUCCCAACGUAAAAUAACUAUAAGAGCAGACUAUGAGAGUCGAACAAACACAAAUAAGAUUAUUGUAAUUGGAUUAAGACAUUUUUAUUAACUAAUAAAGUACGUACUGGAUUUAACCAAAGACUGAAGAUCUUAUUUAUUACAAUAUUUAAAAUACCAUAAUCGGUAUUAGGUAUUAUUUUAAUUAAAUAUUUCAUCAGUAAAUUUUUGGCGGCCGCGUUCCCAGCUUCGAGUUUUUGAUAGAAACUGCACAGAUAAUGUUUCAAUAUAAUAUUCAGUAUACAUAGCAAUAAUUUAUAUAGUUAGAAGUAAUGACAAAUAUUAUCUUAAAUUUUUGUAUUACAUUGUAAUCAUUCUAGUAGCGUUAAUACUUCUCCUUCGUUAUAAACUUUUCUCUUUUCAGUAUUUACUCUCAUUCUCAUUUCAUUCGCAUUCUCAUUUAUUCAAAACUUUUAAGUACACAUAAAAACCCCUAUCAAGUUCCCUUUUUUCAUUUUGUCCAAUAUCAGUGAAGCUGUAUUAUAUUAAUAUACGUUAUUGCUAUGAUUAAUGAUAAUUUGACUGAGGAGUGGAAAGCAAUAUGUAAAGUGUUCGUUUCAUCGUAUUCAAAUAUGUGAUAACGAUUUCUCUUGUAUUAGAGCUAUGUAAAUGUAUUUUUAAUGCUCAUAAGUGAUGCGUGUAAUAGGAAUAUGGUAAGAUUUUGAAAGUUUAUAUAUGAAAUCCGGGCUUAGGUACUGAACAACAUUGCUACCCAAUGUUGUGCUAAUUGCAAUGAGGUUUUCAGUCAUCUUUGUCAAGGUAAUUUCACCUUAGUGCUCUUCUAUAACAUUUAGGGUUUCAGUGUUCAAUUUGAAUGUGAAUAAAUUAAAACAUAGUUGCUUUCUAACUGGUUUAAUACCUCUACAACGAUUGUGACAGUACUCAUAAUGCCACUAUGUCACCAGAUCUUUCUCAAAUAUUUCUAAAACAUUUUAUAAAUUUUAAAAAGUUUAAAGAAAUAUUUAAUAAAGAAUUACACUGUUCAAAAAAUGUCUUUAGCACAUUUAAAAGACAUUAGCUAUAGUAUCAUGUGUAAGUUUAAGAUAUGACAACUCGCUGGCAACUGACUGUUAACCUGAUAGAUGUUGUCAAACGAGUAUUUAUUGCGAAAAACCAACCCGAAAUGAAUACAAAUAUCUGUGGGCUAUGAAAAAUAUUACUACAUCAUGAAAAUGUUAACAUUUUUAUAAUACUAUUAGUAAUAUUCCUGUUUCGUCUGUAUCUAGCAACGAAUUACAUUUGUCGAUGUUAUAACACAAUUAGAUGUAACGUUCCCUAUUUAUGAAUGUAUGCUGUAUAGAUGUUGUUAACUUAUAUUAGUUAAGUGGUAAAGGUGAUUUUGAGAUGCCUAAAGCCUUGAUUUGUACGUGUUCACAUUUUGAAAGACCAGUGAAAUGAAUUAAGGACAUGAACAGAGGCUAAUUUAGUGUCCAUUUCACUAUGAUUGUUAGUUUUUUAUGAUUGUUACUGUAUUUAAAAUGAAUUUUGUAACGUGUAAUGCGCUAAAUUGCUUAGAAAUACAAAUAUACUGCACUAUGUAGAUUUGGUCAAUGUGACAUAUCAAUGCUGUACAAACACUUAUGUUAAGACUUGACUCGACAAACUUAAAGAAAUCAAUAGGAAUUUUGAACAAACGGUAUAUGCUAUUUGCCUUUUAGCUGCAUUUUGUAUGAUUUGCUUUAUUUUUUGUAUGUUAUUAUAAUAAGCCUGUGUAACCACUUAUAGAUUGUAAUGAAAUGGAUAAAUAAUAAUAUUCGAUGUUGUAGUGUAUUUCGCCCCGGACAGUCUCGGGUUUAGGUAUUACUAUGUACUAGUCGUAACAUGUACCCCCACGAUGAUCCAACUCGAACAUAAUAAUAUAUUUAAGAUUAAUCCCUUCUGAGUAUAGUCAAGUGUGUUAUUACUUUCAACAGAGCUUUGUAAACAAACCCCCUACAUCCCCCCUAAAACUCUUUUCCACUAUAAUCUGGAAUAGAACAUAGAACAGAAAGCCAAAACAGAUUAUAUUCACGAUGUUUGGAAUAUUUCUGGCGAAUUUGUUCGUCUUUGAUGUUCUUAUUCAGUGCCUAAAAGAACCUCUGAUUUAUUUGUAACAUACCAAAUGAUGAUGUGAACCCAACAGAGCAUUCAAAAUUAUAAAUUUUCAAAAUA